GGCCCAGGACCUGAGCUGUCAGGCAUCGACGGAGACCCAGUGUCUUCCAGCGCACCAGCUCCUCUCCGCACCAGCUCCUCCAAGCCCUUCGCUCAUCAUGGUCAAGAUGGUCGUGAGCCUCGCCACCCUGCUAGCCGUUGGGUUGGCGCUGACUGCUGCCGCCCAGGUGCAGUAUGUGAACGACCUGGACAACGUCUUGGACUCCGCCUUGGACGAGGGCUUUGACUCACCGCUGACUCCCGACCUCCGCAUGGCGGGCGGGAAGAUCGUCGAGGAGAGCAGCGACUCGUACCGCUUCAUGGUGGCCAUCCGGCCGCAGUACCAGGAGGGCGGCACCACCAGGUCCGCGCCGGUGUGCUCGGGCGUGCUCAUCCAGGGCAACGUGGUCAACCAGCAGGGCGCCGUCACGCCGUCGUACUACGUGCUCACGUCGGCCCACUGCGCGCUCAGUGGCACGAGCUUCCAGCUCUUCGCCGGCAGCAACAAGAUCACGUCGACGCAGAACCCCACUGAGACGGUGACGGCCACGCAGGCCGUGGACAACGUCAUCAUCAACAGCGAGUACCGCGAGUCCAUGCUCACCGGAGAUAUUGCCCUCAUCAAUGUCUCCACAAUCGCGCCGACCACCGCGACAGCAGGCGCAGGCAGUAUCACGACCGCUAACCUGGCCUCCGCCAUCGACGCCACCAAGAGCUUCCUCGUCAACCCCGUCUCCAUGGCCGGCUGGGGCUAUCCCAACGAUGUGUUCAACGGCCCGUCCCCCAGCCUGCGCGAGCUCACCUCCUGGGUCGUCCCCAACUGGUACUGCGCGGUGCGCCACAUCACGCUGCCCAUCCGCAAGACCCACAUGUGCACCGCCGGCCUGCCCAACAAGGGCCCCUGCACGGGUGACUCCGGCGCGCCGCUCAUCGCCAAGGUCACGCGCGACAACGUUGCGUCCACCAAGGUCGUCGGCGUGGCCACGCACACACCGCGGGAUGGCUGCAGCCGCGGCAAGCCCGGCGUGUUCACCCGCGUCGGCGACUACCUCGACUGGAUCGUCCAGAUCACCGGCUACGACGUGGACAGCGCGUAAUCGGGGUCCCCCGACGACGAUCACCAUGGGUAGCGAAGCAAGAGCAAGUCGAAAUAAAUGACAUAAUC